AACAGUGUUGUUGCGUCCGCGAUCCGCAUCAAACGCAUUCGCGCGUGUGCCGUCGCGACGAACGCACGCGUUGCAUCGUAGUGACUCGAAGUGGCUGUAAGCCAAAAAUAGUGUAUUUUCGGAUCUUGUAAAAUUAACAAUGAAUUCCGGGUGGCUAGCAUGGGAAUGCAUAGUGUUUGGCAUCUUCGUAUGCGCGUCAUCCUGCGCUCCUCUCUGGCGGCGAAGGAAAGACGCGAACGCAGCCGGGGGCAGCGCUAAGCAAGCGUAUAUCUUCGCUGGAGGCGGCGUAUCUACCCUCGCUAUGAUAUUGUCCGUAGCUAGAGGGACUUUGGGAGUCAGAUCGUUCUUGGGUUUCCCGUCAGAGCUGGUCUACUACGGGUCUGCAAUGUGGGAGACGCUGUAUGGCAUUAUAAUCGCCUUCCCUCUAGUCUGCUGGAUCUUCGUGCCUGUGUACUACAGGCUCCAUACUAACUCCGUGUAUGAGUAUUUGCAGAUGCGCUUCGGAUCCAGAUGGGUGCGUCGUAUGGCUGCAGCCACCUUCCUUCUGCGUCAAGUCCUGAACUUGUCAGUAACUGUCUAUACGCCUACUGUGGCCCUUCACGCUGUACUGGCUUUACCACAUUGGGCAUCAGCUGCAGCAUUAACUAUAGUGGGGAUUGUGUUCAAUCUGCUUGGAGGAUUAGCUGCGGCUAUCAGGGCUGAUGUGAUUCAAACUCUAACUAUGAUAAUAGUGAGCGGGGCCUUCAUAAUACAGGCUACUAUCACGGCAGGUGGACCGCAUAAGGUUGUCAACGACAAUAUUGAAGGAGGAAGGAUGAAAUUCUUUCAAUUCACCGGAGACCCAACAGUUCGCGUGGACACGCUCUCCGCAAUCAUUGGACAACUCUUCAUGUCUCUCUCUAUCUACGGCUGCCAACAGACCUUUGUCCAACGCUAUUGUUCCAUGUCCAGUGAGGCUCGGGUCAGGAGAACUCUCCUCUCCAACGUCCCUGCCGUGGCUGUUCUCUUCAGCUUAUCUUGGGUCGUCGGCAUGACCUUAUAUGCUAUGUAUCAGUACUGUGAUCCUUUGGCCUCUCAUAGGAUUGCAGCUCCCGAUGAAGUUUUGCCGUUUUAUGUACAAGAUCAGUUUAGUUUCUUACCUGGGAUGCUCGGGCUGUUUUUGGGGAGUCUGUUCAAUGGUGCUUUGAGUUUCCUAGUGUCAAACGUGAACUCUCUAUCGACGGUGACUUGGGAAGACUUCGUCUCCUUCGCCCCAGCCUUUAAGGGCAUCAGUGAUAAGCAACAGCUGACUGUCAUCAAGAUUAUUGGUGUCAUUUAUGCAAUCAUCAUAAUGUGCCUAUCACUCUGCGUGGGGAUUGUAGGGGGCGUCGUCGAAGGGUCCUUACUAGUGACCUCAGCAACAUCAGGAGCGUUACUAGGAGUCUUCAUAUUAGCAGCUCUCUGUCCUCUAGCCAAUGGGAAGGGGGCGUUAUGGGGUAUGAUCGCGUCUCAUGUGGUGACUACAUGGAUGGCGGCUGGGAGACUAUUGUAUGUGAAUAAAGGAGUUGCUAUGCUGCCUAUGUCUACUGAGCAAUGUCCAAACGGAACUCUGUCAACGUUCAAGCAUCCACCGCUCCCAGUAGAAGUGAACCAAACGUUAACACAUCUUGCACCACUGCUGCAAACUCUUAAUUUCACUAAUCCUACACCUACGGAGUCUCCUGUAAUGUUCGAACUUCAUAGAUUCUACUCCAUAUCCUACAUGUGGUAUGCAGUCAUCGGGACCAUCAUUUGCGUGAGUCUCGGUAACAUUAUAGGCAUCGUCACAGGCAGUAAGAGUGAUGCCUUCGACGAACGAUUACUACAUCCCCUUGUCGUCAAAAUCGCCAAAAAACUGCCAGGCCCGAAAAGAUUUUAUAGCACAGAGAAGCCUCAGGUUACAGAAGAAAAAGAAGCUGAGAAUGAAAAAGAAUCUUCUGAGAAGACAGAAGAAACAGUUACGGAUACAACGCCUAAUGAGACUCUAGAACCGAAACAAGCAGUGUUUUGUACGACUGGUAGUCGACUGUUUGACGUGUAUGACGUAAGAAGGUCGCCGACACCAUCGCUUGUGAGAACUCGGUUGUGAUCUUGGUUUAGUUUAAACGUAGUUUUAAGUGCCAUUUUAGGAUAAAGUUUGAUGAUACUGCGGUUAUGUAUCAGUCAAUUGUUAUUAGAAUGACUGACGAGGUAUGUGUGCGAUAUAUGUAGAUGAUUUUAUAAUGGUCGAAGAUUUAAGGUAAUGAUCACAUAUGGCUGAUUUUACUUUACAAAUAGGUAUUACCUGUAUUGUUGAAAUUGACCCGUAAAGAGUGUUUGUAAAAAAAUAGGAAUUUGAGGUCAAAAAUCAUGUUUGAUCAAAAGUAUCGAUGAUUAAAACUUUUUGAGAACAUAAUUAAAGACAAGACGUUACAUUUGUUAUCAGUCAAACAAUGUCUUAAAAAAAAUUGUAUACGAUUGGCAGAUUUUUAAAGCAAUUAAAUAUUACUAUUGAAUGGGAAUACAGGGCGUAGGUAGGCUUUAGGCAUUUAAUUGUACAAUGACAAAUUAUUUCGAUAUUUUUAUCUUUUUAGCUCUUUUUCAGUUUUUUACUUUGGUUCUUCUCGUCAUUAUUUAUUAUUUUAAAAAUAUUUCUGAUUUAAAUUGCAAAAAAAUUAAUAUCUAAAUAAUUUAUCAUUGUGUGAGAUAAAGUCGUAAUGGAUGGUUUUGAACUAGACUAUUAAAUUAUAAGUAUGACAUUGUAUUUUUUGUAAUUAUGGUACUUAAAAUUAUUAUGAGUAUAAUUUGUGAGAACGUUUCUGUAACUGAGUAUCUUUCAGUACUAGGAAUAUGUAAGUACCUACGUGUCGUUAGUCAAACAUUGUAAUUAUUUAAAGAAUCUGUCAUGUAUUCUGACUUAUCUCUAUUUUUAAAUACAUUAUUUAUUACCUUAUAAUUUACGUUAUAAUUUUGGAAAAUCUUCAUUUUGGGAAAUACAACUACUACAAAAAAAAUCCGAUUUAUAAAUUUUAUAAUUUUAUUAAAAAAAGUCCCAAAAUAUAAACAUGUUACUUAAAAGUGUCAAUUAAUGAUAAAAAAAAAUAUAUUUGUAAGACUGUAGAAAAUAUAGAUAAUUUUAAUGAUAAUAGCAUUUAGUAAAAUACAAUUUAUGCGUCAAUUAUUUUGUAUUUUAUUAAAUGUAAAAAAUCUAAUUGUUCUAUUUAACGAAUUUUAUCCAUGUGAUAAUAGCAAGUAGUAUUGUAAAUAUGAAUUAAAUUAAUUUUAAAAACUAUGAAUGUUAUUUUUAAUUGUUAUAAGAGUGCGUAAAUUUAUAAAUCUUCUAAAAUAAGCAUGUUAUUGUUGAUUAUUAUUCUAGUUUUUAUAAUAUAAUCGUGUUUAUUUUGUUACUGUACUUAAGUUUAUUUUUGUAUUCGACAACUGUACAAAUAAUUAAUCUUAGUUAAUCACACAUCAUAACUUUUAUUUUACAUUGUUCUUCGUAUACUAUAUAGAUCGUCAUCGUAUAAAGAUAUUUAGUCAAGUAUGAAAUAUACUUAAAAUUAUGACGUUACGGCCCUAAAUUUUAUAAGUUAUUUAUAUAUUUUUAAUGACCCGAUUUGAUUGGUCCUUAGAUUGAAUAUUUAAAAAAAAUUUAUACUCCACUUUAACCGAACCAUUUUCAGUUGGCAAAUCGGCCAUUUUGACCAAUGGGCGGUAAGUACACUACUGGUUAUGGUCUGGCUAUUGUUAUAGUUAAAAGGUGUAACUUACCCUUAAUUUAGAUAACUUAAAUCAUCGUUCAAAUGAUGAUUUUAGUAAUGGAUAUUUGUUAAAACAAGUAAAAAAGUUAAUAAGAUUUUUAUUUUGUUCUAAAUUGAGUUAUAAUUUUAUUUAAAUAAUAGAAAUAAUACUAUCGUGAUGUUUGACAGUAUUAUGAUAUUUUUGUAAAAUAUUGUAAGUUGACUGCGUAAAAUAGUAAUUUAAGUAUUUACCGAAUAUAGACAUGAAAAAUAUAAAAAUUAUGAAAUGCA